AUGAUAACUGCUGCUGAUGUUGUCAAGGAAGAUGAUUGUAGGAGGUUCAUCAAUGAGACCAUAAACUUUUAUGGGCGUGUGGAUCAUCUAGUAAAUACAGUCAGUCUGGGACAUACUUUCUACUUUGAGGAAGCCAACGAUUCAUCUGUGUUUCCCAUUUUGAUGGACAUAAACUUUUGGGGAAAUGUGUAUCCUACAUACGUUGCUCUUCCAUACCUGCGACAACACCAUGGUCGAAUCAUCGUUAACGCUUCAGUUGAUAGCUGGCUACCUUUGCCAAGAAUGAGCUUAUAUUCU